GUGGGGGCGAGGGACGAUGGGGGACUGACGAGGACGCGCGCGGAGCGACGAACGCAGGACGUGGCGCCGGCGCUGGAGAGCGAUUGGCGGGAAUUUCGGGCGCAGUUGUUGGCGCGCGAGCGCGCGGUGACGCCGGAGGAAGAGCGGGCGCGCGCGGCGGCGGUGUCGGAGGAAAAUUUGAAGGUGCUGGAGACGCAAAAUCCGAGGCUGGCGGCGUCGGCGCCGUGGGCGCACGUCAUCGGCGCGCCGGAGAAGGGGUGCUUGCUCGUCGCGGCCGAUCACGAGUUUAGGAUGUCGCAGCAGUAUUUUCAUCAAGCGGUCAUCUUGGUGCUCGAACAUCACGAGAAUGGGUCGAUGGGGGUUAUUUUGAACCGGCCGACGCAGUACGACAUGGGGUACGUGAGCGGGGAAGCAAACGGGCCGUUCGCGAAGAACGCGUUGUAUUUUGGCGGUGACGUCGGCGAUGGCACCGUGAGUUUUUUGCACGGCAGAGAGGACGUGAAGGGGAGCGUCGAGGUCUUACCCGGGGUGUAUCUCGGCGGCUACGACAGCGCGUGUGAAUUGGUGCAGCAAGACGGCUCGACGUGUCACGCCGACGAAUUUAAAUUUUUCGCCCGAUAUUGCGGCUGGGCGCCCGGGCAGCUAGAGAGCGAGUGCGAGCGUGGGGUGUGGUUUCCAGUCGCCGCAGCCAAGGAGUUGUCGCUGAAACAAGUGAUUCAGCUUCCUAAGCCGCUCUGGCGCGAGAUUUCAGAAUUGUGCGGCGGAGAACUCGAAGAAAUGGCGCGAAAAGCGUACCAAACGUACGAGGCCGAGCAAACCUUUUCGCUCGAUAACUUGGACGCCGACGAGCGCGCGACGGAUGAAUAA